UAUGACCAUAAAAUGACAGAUCAUCAAACCACGGGAUUGGGGAUGUGAUUUAUUUAUUUUUAUAAUUUUCUGUGUGAAAACGCUGGGUAUUUGUUCAAAUUUAACAGUGUCAGAGCGAUGGCCGAGACGAGUGAAGCGCGAGCAAGCGCAUCGGCGCCGGGCGGUGACGCUGGUGGGGAAGACGACAAACACGAUGAGCGUAUGUUGGAGUGCAACAUCUGCUUGGACACGGCCCGCGACGCCGUCGUCAGCAUGUGUGGCCACCUGUUUUGUUGGCCAUGUUUGCACCAGUGGCUAGAGACACGUCCCAGUCGGCAGGUGUGCCCAGUGUGCAAAGCAGCCAUUAGUAGAGACAAAGUUAUCCCGCUGUAUGGCAGGGGCAACACUAAACAGGAGGACCCUAGGAAUAAGGUACCACCGAGGCCGGCGGGACAGCGUACAGAACCCGAAAAUACUAGCGGCUUCCCUGGCUUCGGGUUUGGCGAGGGCUUCCACAUGUCUUUUGGCAUAGGCGCCUUUCCGUUUGGAGUGUUUACAUCCACAUUCAACUUCGGAGAUCCAAGACCCAGUGCCGCACCCCGCGGCACUGCCCAGUACGACGAGGAGCAGUUCUUAUCGAAGAUAUUUCUGUGGGUGGCCAUCUUGUUUGUGUUGUGGCUGAUUUUCGCAUGACCGCCGGAAAUGAGUCCGCCGCCCACGGGCCGCGUCCUGCAUCCUCACUGACUUGCCUUUGACAUCAGUGUGCGCUUCGGUAUGUUUACACUUUGGUCGCGAUCUUAACCAAAUUCUCCCCAUUUCCUUUAAUAGUUUUUAAAUUAAAUUGCUGGUGGACUAUUUACCUCCUGGAAAGGUGCAAGUGUAUAAAAAUUAAAAUGUUGUGGAAGGGUUUGGGGUAUAGUAUGUAUGACAUGUAUGCGGUAACUUGAAACUUUAGUGAUGCAAUGUGAUAUCAAUUUUAUUAGUCUAUUUUUAUAUUUCAUCACCAUGUCAACCAAAAAACGUUUCUGGGGAACAUAGGCCUUCCUCAGUGACAUUAUUUACUUCUUUUUUGAUAUUAAGGACGAUAUAAUUCGUAGAAGACCGCAUUCACGCAGGUGCCAAGUUAUCGCGCACAGGCUGUAUAUUACAGUUGAGAUAUAAUCUAACGACGUGCUACGAGUUUAUUGUCCAGUGUAGUAUGUUCGUGAAAAUACUAUCGUAAAAGUUACUACGUUAAAAUAGAAAAGUGGUUGUUACACAAAUGUAGGUUCUGUGGUAUACAUGAAAGUCUUUUAUUACGAAUAAUUUGAUGUCUCGAUACAAAAGUCACAAGUGUUGAUUUUUCUGUUUCAUCAGCUAAACUUUCAAGUUACAAUAAUAGCAAGAUAUAUACUAUCUGCUACUGAACUAGAUAUCGCCUCUACUAGGUCUCUUUUACUUUGAUGAAAACUAUAGUUUAGCAGGAUAGAACUUUAGAUAGUCAAGCCCUAUCCUCCAUAUGUAUAGUGCAUGAAACCUUAUACAGCACUUUAUCAUAGUUCCAGAUAGUGGAACCAAAUUGGGACUAAGGAAUAUUGUUGAGUUGCUUAAAUUAUCAAAUGCUGGAAGGUUCCUAAUAUAUUACAUAUAUAGUUUUAAACGCUGGUCUUAAGUACUUUCCUUAAAACGAUCAAUUUAACUAAAUCAUUAUUUAUGUAAGUUUGUUUUACUACGUUUUUUGUGUUUAUAAAACUUAUUUCAUUAGAAGAUAUUUUUUCUUGUUAGGCUGUAAAGAGGGAAGUCACUAUGAGACAUGAAAAUUGCAAAAUUAGCCAAAUGUGCGUAAGUAUAGCAGAAGAAAUACUGUAUAUAAGAAUAUAAUGAAGAAAUAUUAAAUGUAUUGUAACUUUCGUGAGACAUACUAAAUAAAUUAUUAUGUUUUAGCCGAAAACAUAAUAAUUUGAAAUAUUAAAUGUUUAAAAAUAAAUAAACCUCACUUCUGAAAGCAUUCUUGUAAUAACUCUAGUUUUACUAGAUUUUGGGACUCAUUCACACGUCGUAGUUGUAAUGGAUAGGUCAUACCUACGGGUACAAGGGAAUAAGUUGUUCCACCUCUAUUUUUCACUACAUUAGAUAAAUUGUCUAAACCAAAAACAGACAGUACCAUAUGUAACAUAAAAAAUUUGAAGUGAACAAGUGUAAACAUAUCGCGUCCACGCUAUACCUGCUACACUGCCCUAUAUAGUCGCGCGUCGGUCACCACGACUAGUAGUCCCCUCGCCAGCCCACUACUGGUGAGCACUGCUGGUUGCUAGUUUUAUUACCGAGCUACCCGCAGCUGCUUCGAUACUCUUACUGCACUAAUUAUGACUAUUGAUUAACUUGAUGAACUUAAUCAACGAUACUUUAUAUCGUAUAUUUGAACAUUUAUCACUUGUAUGUGACAAGUUAAUCACAAAAUUAUUGUUGGCUAACCACACGGUAGGAACAGACCACAACCAAUCAUUUCCUACGAAAAACACACUGGCUAAAGUUAGUAUUCAUUUAAUUUAUUAAAAUCGAGUCGUUAUAGCGACCUUAUGUGCACUUAUAUCAAUAAUUUCUUAAAUUAUGUCGAUGUAACCGCUCGACAUUUAAAUCACAUUUAUUGAAGUUAUUAUAAUGUAAUAUAGAUGGAGAAAAAAUUGUGUUUAACAUUCAGUAAUAAGAUGUCCUAUUUUACUACAUGAAGACUAUAAUAAAUAUAUAAUGUUAGGCAAUGAUGAUAGUAUCGAAAAUCGAGCAUUAUGCUUCGUUGAUGUCCAAGACAUGCGGUUGGCAGAUUGUCUAAUUUUUUAUAGUAAUAGUGAGUGCUAUGUAAGCUACUUUGUAUAUAAACCCAUGUUAAUGUUACAGGGGCCUUCAUCUUUACUCGUUUCGCGAUUAGGUUACUAAGGCUAGUCUCGCAAUAUUCAGUGCUGUAUGCUCGUGUACAAAGUACGCAGAUGCUCUGAGGCCGCCUGCACGCAACGAAAGGCCCUAGGAGCUCGACUCCAAGGUUUGGGUUAAGUUAAGUAGUUCCUUCGACGACUCCUUGUGAAAUAUUGUCACAACAAAGCUUUAAGGCCCUCAUCACACACUCCGGUUACCUAGUACCCGGGGAUAGUGUAUAGCUAUGUACGCUAGCUUGUACACGUUUUGACGUACUUUGGCCGCCGAAUGCCAGGCACCCGGAGCGUGUGUACAGGCACUAAGGAGCAGCGAAACGUAUUGCACAAGUUUGCCUUAGACACAAUCCGUAACAUUUACCAUCUGUGUAUUUUGUACUCUGCCUUGGUUAUAUUCGUACUAUAACUGUUGAAUGUAUACAAAACAGUAGGUUUUGAAUGUCGUUUAAAGAAUUAAAUUAUAUUUUAUUUUAAUACGGAGAUGUGACUACAUUUUGUAUGAUAGUUGGCAUAGGCGUUGUGGAUACUCGGAAAGACGCAUAUUAUAUGAAUUGGUAGUUUUAUGUUAAUAUUCCUGUAAUGAUAAGUGUAUAUAUAAUUAUUAUAUCAAACUAAUUACGUUGUGAUGGGAGGGUUUGUUUUUAAUUGUAAAUUUUAAAAUAAAGAUACAUGAUGCUGAA